UUUGUUUUCACUUGCGAGACAGUUCGAAAUUAUGGUUGGCAGACGUGCUAAGAGCCAAAGACUGAUCUUUUACUUUUUAGAGAGAGAGAAUAUAUGGGGAAGGAGAGAGACGACUUGGCCUUAACGAAAAGAAAUUCUUUGACCCAGUUUCCUUUCAGGUUCCUUCUUUCAACACCUUUAUCUCCUUUCUUGAAAUUCUGCACACCCACACACACAUACUUCGUAUAUAUUAGAUUAGAUGUACAAACAUAUACUCCGUAAUUGUUUAGUUAAGGUAUGGUGAAAGCUUUGAUCUUUUGUACGGAAUACUUACCAGCCCUCUGAUUCUCCGAAAGAUUUUGACUGUUUGUGUGGUGCAAAAGCGUGAGUGGAAUUGGAGUGAAAUGGGUGAUGAAAUAAAUGCUAAAGUUCGAAUUGUGAGAUGCCCCAAAUGCUUACAGGUUCUUCAUGAGCCUUCUGAUAUUCCCGUCUACAAAUGUGGAGGGUGUAGCACAGUUCUUCAAGCAAAGAAAAGAAAAAAUCAUAAUACAGAUCUUGAGCCCUGCACUGGUGAAACAACUCCUGUAAAAAAUGAACAACCUCAGAAUUCAGUGGAAAAAGAACUCAACGGACCCCAACAAGAUGCUACUAUCUCCCCCCAUGGAGACACUUUGAAGGGUAACAUCAUCAAAACAAAUGAAGACGGAUUCAGGAACCACAGCAGGGAACAGCAUGGAGAUGAAAAUUCUGGCUGUGAUGAGUCACCAAGCAUUAGAGAACCGUUUGAGCAGAGUCGAGAUGAAUCCCAUUUGAGUCCAUCUUUGGCUUCCUCCAGCAAGUUUACAGGAGAAACAGAACUUAAGCUGAAGAGUCAUGAAACUUCAUUCCCGUUUUGCCCCCCAGCAGGGGGUGAGGGUGUGGGAGAUGAUAUUGGAGCUUGUCAGCUCGAGAGCCCCGAAUCGCAAGUGUGUACAGAAGCAGCAAAUCAAAGCCCCAUAAAUGAUAGCAUUUCCUCAGAGAAUGCCACACCUAGUCAUCAUCGAAUAAAUCCCGGUAAGGAAAUUUCCCCGGGUUUUGACAGAAGCUAUUACGCUUAUUAUGGUAGCGCAUCAUCUUGUGAUGGUGAUGAUGAAACAAACACUGUGGAGAGAUAUUCACAACACUAUGGACAGAGAUUAGUCAAUAGGAGGCGGUUGGGUGAUAAGGAUGAUGAAUAUGUCGAUAAAGUUCCACUUCUUACUAAUUGCCAUGGAAGCCCUUCGACUUAUAAGAAAUCAGACUCUAUUCCAUCUAGCAGCAUUGUCACUGGUCCAGAUUGUGACAGGAUAGAACUCUUAAAGACAAUCCAUGAACUUGAAGACCAGAUCCACAAAAUGCGUCUCCAAACGAGGGAGGAUGAAACUGGCAAUAUGGAGAGAUAUUUGCAAGAAAAUGGACGGAGAGUAGCGCAUGCCACAGGAAGCAGGAGGUGGUUGGAUGAUAAGGAUGAGUAUUUCAAAAAAGAUCCGUUUUUUAUGAAUUCAAUGAAUUGCCACGGAAGCCCUUCAACUCGCAGAAUAACAGAUUUUAACCCAUCCAGCAGCAUGGUCACAGAUGUAGAACCUGACAGGAUAGAACUCUUGAACAAGAUGAUCUAUGAACUUGAAGAACAAAUCCAUAAGAUUCAUCUCCGGCAUGGAAACCCUAACGAUAUGUUUCAUUCAACACCAGCUCAAAUGUCAAAAGUACCCUUUUCUGGAGAGGUUUUACAUUGUCUCCCAUGUUCGCAUUGCUGCCCGCCGUCUCCAGUCUGGCAUUGGUCAGGGCAGCUGCCCCGAGGUUGCAUUUCUGGUGAUACCCUUUGUUCGCCUAGUCCCCGACGUUCCUCUGUGAAUGACCAUAAGAAACUCCACUUGAGGGAGAUGUAUGCUAAGAGGUGUCAUUUCCUUCCCGUAGCUGGUGGGGCUCCCAUCAUCACAUGCUAUUACUGCUCAAAGUUGUUACGGAUUCCAGCAGAUUUUGGUCUCUUUAGAAGAAGGUUCCAUCGACUGAGGUGCAAUGUGUGUAAGAAUGUUUUGAAAUUUUCGGUUCAGGACGGGAAACAUGUGAUUCCUUACUUUGCUGAGGUUGCAGCACCUCCACCCAGUGAGGAUGAUGACUCCAGCACCACAAUUGAUGAGACCUUUGAAUCUGCAAGGCGGUCAUUCAAAAAAUCCUUGGGGAGAAAGUCGUCUUCAGGAAGUGAUGAAGAAGGGGAGCUGGAUAGAACGAGCUCCCCGCUUCAUCGGCUCAUGGGAUACUCCUCCGUGAGCCAAGUGGUGAAUCGCUAAGAUAUAUUCUGGUCUCUCAAGUGUUCUGUUUGGCUGGAAGGUUUUGGAUGGAUGAUUAGUAUAUAUCUUAUAUAUAUAAAGACUUUAAAAAUGAAUAAAAAGUACAGAACGAUUCAGUUUUUUUAAAUAAAACCACACACCCAUAAUUAUAUAUCAAGAUAUAUCCCCCUCAAGGAGUUUGAGUCUGAAGGCAGGGUUUAAGCCAGUUUAUAUUAUGUAAUUCUUUCCAUUAUUUUUAUAAAAUCUCAAAUGUAUGUCAAGAUGUAAACUAAUUCUUCCAUAAUAAUUUCGGCCAUCCAAACAGGCAGAAGGUAACCGAAAGGCCAACAUAUAGUGGAAGUUUUAUUUGGGAUCUUGAUGAAGUUUCCUGAUUACAUUUUGAAUUUAUUCAGAAAUCUUCAAUGUUCUGUACAGAUUCCAAAGGACAUGCUGCAAGUUUUGUAAAGUAUAAGUUAAAAGACGUCUUUUGUUUUCCCACAAACCUUGAAAGUUUGAAUUUCUAAUCAAGAUAUGUCUGAAUGUUUGAUGACUU